CGAAAUUUGGGAUUUCCUUGCGGCGAGGCACGACGACGUGAUGGACGCGUCGGGGGAAGACACUGAGGAGCAACGCGGGGCGGCGUCCCUGCUUCAAGUGGUGCAGAAGGAACUCCAGGCGCACACGUCGGCGAUCCGCGUCGUCUUGACCAAGCUGGCAGAGCGCCUUGUGGCACUGGAGCGUCGCGUGGACGGGAAGAGUGCGGCGGUGCAGUCGAUGGAGACGCUGCUGCAUUCGAUGACAGGUCAACUGCACGACUUGCACGGCAACAUGGGGGAGUGGCAGGAACCCGUGCAGAUGAUGCGGAGCAACAUGCAAGCGCUCGUAAAUACAUGCGACAAGUUGGAUCAGACUAGCACAGCUCAUAGCACGUUGCUGGAACGGCAGGCCCAUGCUUUGCACUCGCUAAACACCAAGUUGGAUGACACGACCAAGUCCAGCGCCACCAGCACCAAGCAAGAGAUCGAAGUGCUCGUGCAGAAGACAGACUCGCUGCACGGCCAUGUGCUGCAGCAACUUGAACACACUAAGACCGACCUCGCCACCAAACUCGACGACGUCACCAAAAAGGUCAACGUGCUGGACCAAGACAUGCAGGAGAUGAAGGAGGUUAAGCCACUGCCGCCGCCGUCCGUGCCGCCCCCCGUCGUCGUGCCCGUCCUCCCCGAAGGAACGACCAAAAUUCCCGUCGAAGUCCACGCCCGGCGACUCGCGGCGGGGAAGCCCAAGGGCGGCCGACUUACAGACUUGAAGCAGUUCCGCAUCCCAGACGACAUGCAGGAGCGACUAGAGCACAACAUCGCGGCGCUGUAUGCGACCUCGGUGGACGACCUCGUCCGACCCCACACCCCGGACGCGCUCCUGAAACCCGCCGCCGACGUGCUGCCGUGGUCCGGCACAUCCUGCCGCCACCACCUGCCGGACGUCGAGCCCCCCACGUCGGCCAACCAGAUGGCGUUCGUGCGGCAUCACACACAGGACGACAGCGUGAGUGCGACCGCGGACAUGCGCAACCACAUGCAGUCCAAAUUUCGCGCGAUUUACGCCAUGGUGAAUGCCGCCAGGGUCGACGCGCGAGGCAAGCAAGACGCGCUGCAUGUGAUAAUGAACAGGCACGUCGACGGCCUCCACGCCAAGAUCAAACUCUUGCGAGAACAAGUCCACCAACUCAUGCCGCUGGCCCCGCCCCAUCAACCGGCGGCCUCCCUGCUCGUCGUGGCCGACCAUGAGGGCUCCAGUGUGCCAGCGUUGCGCCUGGCGUUGCUCGAGUUGUCGCGCAACUUGCACGUCGUGCGCCAAUCCAAGAAACACAUGAGUGUCGACAUGCGGCGCAACGUGGACAAGAUCCUCGACGUGCUCAACGACGCGUACCACGUAUUAUCGAGUGACGAGACUCUGGCGCCUGCUGUCGUGAUAAAGCACACAGAGCGAGUGGCGCGGGUGCUCGCGUUCGGCAUCCAGUCGACCGUGGAGCUGCUCUCGACCACGGACGCCGUGUCGUCCAAAGAGAUGCGGAAUACCCUCGUGGCGUUCUCGGACGCCGUCACAUCCCGCUUGCAAGCGAGCGACGCGGACGAAGUCGCGCGGCGACGGGCGGCGGCUGUCGAGCAGCAGUUGGAGCAGCUCAAGACCGACACCCACGGCGCGCUCUUGUCCAUGUCCGCCCGCCUCGACGAGCUCAAGCAGCGGGGGACCAUGGCUUCUCUGGGCGAACGAGGGGCCACGACGGUGCAGUCUCGCCACGACAUCAACGAGCGCGGGAAGCUGCUCGCAGCGUUCGAGCACGAUCUGCACCAGAUGAAACUGCACCUGCAAACGACGGAUGCGAUGCUCCAGAAGCUGUCGAGUGACUUGGAACACACCACGCGCCUCGUGUCUCGGUAUGUGCCCAACGUCCACGCGUCCGACGGGGAUAGUCCGUCCAAGGCCAAGAAAUAUGCAGCCAAAUCCUCCCGUGCGACUUUGCAAGCCCUCAACCCCUGCAGCAUUUCUGCGACGACGUUCCCCAAGCAAACGUCUCUUUCGACGUUGUGCGUCCAGAACGCAUUGCGACAGCCUAUCCGCAAGGCCCCUUUCACGCCGCCCUCGACCAAGCACCACCCCGAAUCAUCCUAAUCUGCCCCCUCCUACGAUUCGAACGAAUUAUUAAUUGGUCCAAUUGGUCGUACUUGUUCA